GGGUUUUAAGCCGCGAACUCACUCAAUCACUUACUUUGAUUCAAAUAUAGCAAUCGAUCAUUAAAAAAAAAGCUCUGUUUCUACGAGAGAACGAGAGAGAAAAAUGACGUCGCAGAAAAGAUUCAUCUUCGAGGUGGAGGCGGCUAAGGAAGCCACCGAUGGCAAUCCCUCGGUUGGUCCUGUGUAUCGUAGUACUUUUGCCAAGGACGGUUUCCCAAAUCCGAUUGAUGGAAUCCAAAGCUGUUGGGAUAUUUUCCGAACGGCUGUUGAGAAAUAUCCAAACAAUCGAAUGCUUGGUAGCCGUGAGAUUGUUAACGGGAAGCAGGAAUACGUGUGGAAAACAUACAAAGAAGUAUAUGACAUUGUCAUAAAACUUGGAAAUUCUCUACGUAGUUGUGGGAUUCAGGAGGGAGAAAAAUGUGGUAUCUAUGGUACAAACUGUUGUGAGUGGAUCAUUAGCAUGGAGGCAUGUAAUGCACAUGGCCUAUAUUGUGUCCCUUUAUACGAUACAUUAGGCGCUGGUGCAGUGGAAUUCAUCAUUUCUCAUGCAGAGGUUUCAAUUGCUUUUGUGGAGGAGAAGAAGAUCCCUGAGCUUUUUAAGACUUGUCCAAACUCAACAAAAUAUGAAAGAGUGAGUAAUACUAAUUGAACCAUUCACUCUCUUUUUUAUAUUCUUUGAUCCUAAUGAUCAAUUAUGCUUAAUCACAAAUGAAGCUGUUGUGAGCUUUGGCGGUGUCAAACCGGAACAAAAGAAGAAGCUGAAAAAUUGGGAUUGGUUAUACAUUCUUGGGAUGAGUUUUUGAAGCUGGUAAGAAGACUUUCAUUUGCUUUUUUCCCCGAAUUACUAAGAAUGAUCAUUCACUAUAAUAUGGUAUAAUAUAUUUCUGUU